AUGAAUACUACAUCAAUAUUGGCAAAUCAAUCUGUUUCACAAAAGAAUGUCAAGCUUGAGGAUAUAUGGCCAGAGCUUGAAGGAGGUAUCUCUAAGAUUCUUUUAGAGUUGAAUCAAGGUUUUCCCAUCAAGAAAUGGAUGGCUCUAUAUACACAUGUAUAUGAUUAUUGUGCAGCAUCACAAUCAAAAGCUGGACCAAAAGUUGGAGUAUCAAAACAACAAAACCAAUCAGGUGCCAAUUAUGUUGGAGAGGAAUUAUACAACAGAUUAAACGUAUUCCUCAAAAAACAUAUGAAGGAAUUGUUAGAGGUUGCCGACAAGAAAAUGGAUGAAUCUCUAUUGGGUUAUUAUUUCACUGAAUGGGAAAGAUAUACAAGUUCAAUGAGAUAUAUCAAUCAUAUUUUAAAUUAUCUUAAUCGAUAUUGGAUUAAAAGAGAAAUUGAUGAUGGUAAAAAAGAAGUUUAUGAAGUUUAUGUUUUAUCAUUUGUAAUUUGGAGAGAUUGUUUAUUUACAGCAUUAAAGAGUAGAUUAACAUCUGCAUUAUUGGAUUUAAUUGAAGGAGAAAGAAAUGGAUAUCAAGUGAAUACACAUUUGAUUAGAGGAGUGAUCAAUGGUUAUGUUAGUCUUGGACUAAAUAGGGAAAAGCCAAAAGAAACUAUUUUACAAGUCUAUAAAUCGAGCUUUGAAGAAUUGUUUUUGGCUGCUACCGAACAAUACUAUACAAGUGAAUCGGUCAAGUUUAUCUCUGAAAAUACAGUUGCCGAUUAUAUGAAAAAGGUUGAAGCUCGUUUAAAUGAAGAAGUUAAAAGAGUUCAACAAUAUUUACAUCAAUCUACUGAAACUGAGUUAAUUUCAAGAUGUGAAAAAGUAUUGAUAGAAAAACAUGUUGAAGUAAUUUGGAAUGAAUUUCAAAAUUUAUUAGAGAGUGACAAGAUUGCAGACUUGACACGUAUGUAUGCAUUGUUGUCAAGGAUUCCAAGAGGGUUGGAACCACUUCGAGCCACGUUGGAGAAACACGUUCAGACUGUCGGUUUACAGGCAGUCCAAUCCAUUGGCAGUGUUGGUGCAACCGAUCCAAAGCUCUAUGUUGAAACACUCUUGCAAGUGUUUAAGAAAUACAAUGACUUGGUAACUGGCGCAUUUAGAAGUGACACUGGCUUUGUUGCAUCUCUCGACAAGGCAUGCAGAAGAUUUAUAAACGAAAAUGCAGUCACCAUUGCUGCCAAAUCUUCCUCCAAAUCACCAGAACUAUUGGCUAGAUUUACUGAUUUCCUAUUGAAAAAGAGUCCAAGAAAUCCUGAAGAAUCUGAAAUGGAUCAAUUAUUAAAUGAUGUUAUGAUCGUAUUUAAAUAUAUAGAAGAUAAGGAUGUUUUCCAAGAUUUUUAUUCAAAGAUGUUGGCAAAACGUUUGAUUCAUGGUACAUCUACAUCUGAAGAUUUGGAAGGUGUUAUGAUUGGUAAAUUAAAGUCUACUUGUGGAUAUGAAUACACCUCUAAGCUUCAACGUAUGUUUACCGACAUGUCUCUUAGUAGAGAUCUACUCGAAAGAUUCCAUCGUCAUCUCGAACAAGAUAAUCAACAAGUAUUAUUGGGUGGUAUCGAUUUUAGUGUCCUUGUACUUGCUACUGGUUCAUGGCCACUUCAACCACCUGCUACUAAUUUUAGUAUUCCAAAAGAAUUGCAAGCAUGUGAACAACUUUUCCAAAAAUUCUAUCAAAUUCAAUAUUCUGGUCGUAAAUUAAAUUGGUUACAUCAUUUGUCAAAGGGUGAAUUAAAAACUAAAUACUUGUCUUCAAACAAGAGCGGAUACUCUUUACAAUGCUCAACCUAUCAAAUCGGUAUUCUUUUACAAUUCAACACUGAAGAGGAAUUGACUACUGAUGAUAUUCAAGAUUCAACUCAAUUAAUUGAUAAUGUUUUAAAGAGUACUUUAACUGUAUUGGUAAAAUCAAAAAUAUUAGUUAGUGAACCAGAAUUAAUUGAACCAGAGGAUAUUGGAAAGGGAAUGAAAUUUACAUUAAACAAACAAUUCAAGAACAAAAAGAACAAGAUUAUUAUCAAUGUUCCAGUUGUACAGCAGGUCAAGGAAGAGAUUGACACUAUCCACAAGACUGUAGAAGAGGAUCGUAAAUUACAGAUUCAGGCCGCCAUUGUUCGUAUCAUGAAGAUGCGUAAGCAAUUGUCACACAGUGGUUUAAUGUCUGAAGUAAUCGUCCAACUACAACAACGUUUCAAUCCCAAGGUUAAUAUUAUUAAAAAGUGUAUAGAUAUUUUAAUUGAAAGAGAUUACCUUCAAAGAGUAGAAGGUCAAAAAGACAUGUAUAGCUAUGUUGCUUAA